AAGCGUAGUGGCGCGUGGUGAAUAAUAUCGAGUGGUCCCAUUCACAUUCACAGGUUUCGCUUCGGCCAUUAUUCGCCUAAGCAAGGUGUGGAGAGAGAGAGGAGAUACGCCAGAAUUAGCAUCGCCAGCCACCUAACCAACAAUUCAUCAUGUGCUGCUCGCCAGAAUUAGAUGAACACUAGCCCCGAUGAUUCCCACCAUCACUAUUAUCCCAAAUCUUCAACUACCAUAAAGUAACAUUCUUUUAUUUAUUUUUUUGAAUAUUCGACCUGAAAUUCUCAGAAUCCUGAAAUUUGAGCUGUUCUGAAAACUGGGUCUUCCUCGAGCUAUGCCGAGAGGUGAACGUGGCGGCGGCUCCAGUGGAGGCGUCAGGGGUGGAAAUAUCUUCUGGGGAAGAAAGGAGGACACUGAUUUCAAAGGAAUCGUUGUAAUCUUUGCUUGGGUUUCUGUUCAGGAGAGCCAACUAUGGGAUUAUGUGGAUUUGUACUCAUCCUUAGGGUGGAAUUCUCUUGUUUGUCAUGCUCAUUAUAUCUCUGCGUUUCAUCAUGAGAGUGCACUGUCAUUGGCAAUUUCCGUUCUUGAUGAACUCAUCAAGGAGUUGAGGACAAGAUCAUGCCCUGUGGUAUUUGCUUCUUUUUCUGCCGGAUCAAAAGCUUGUCUGUACAAGGUAGUUCAGCUUAUUGAGGGAAAAUGUGAAGGUCAGCUCUACCUGCAUAACUAUCAACUGCUCAGGAACUUUGUUUCUGGACACAUCUAUGAUUCUGGCCCACUAGAUGUUACAAGUGAUUUUGGCAUCCGCUUCGCUCUACACCCAGCGAUUGUAAAAGUGCCAGGACCAUCAAAGGUUGUUUCCUGGAUGGCAAAAUGUGUGGCUUCUGGUUUUGAUGCUUUAUACCUAACCCGGUUUGAAUCCUUAGCUGCUGAACAUUGGCAAGCUUUGUAUUCUUCUAUUAAUUUUGGGGCUCCAUUUCUCAUUUUCUGUUCAGAGAAAGAUGAGAUUGUGGCAUUUCAAAGUAUCCAUACUUUUGUCCAACGAUUACAGGGUCUUGGUGGAGAUGUUACCCUUGUAAAACUGAGUAGCCCUUCUCACUUAGGUCAUUACAAGCAUCAUCCUAUCCAGUACAGAAUUGCUGUGACCCAUUUGUUAGAGAAGGCAACCUCGAUUUAUUCUCAUAAAAUGAUGGAAAGAAAGAGAACUGGAAUGGAAAGUAUGCAUGAUGAGAUCUCAGAGUUAAUCUGCGACCUACAGAAGGCAGCAAGUCAUUCAAAUCGGAGCCUCAGAAGAGUUGCAUCAGAGCCAAGUGAUCAUUUCUUUCUGCCAAGCUCCGCAGCAUAUCAUGACAGUAGAGAUUCUGGCACUCCACAGGAUGAACAGAAAGAAAAAUCUGUUUGUCUGCCCAGUCUCCCGAGCAUCAAUGCUCAUAGUGUCCUUGGCCAAUUUCUUUUCGAUGUUUGUGUUCCCAAGAACAUCGAGGAGUGGGAUGUUAAAUCUUCAGGGACCAUGAAUGGGAAGCCUUUUGCAUCUGCUCGCGGGCGUUCACCCUUCAGCAGUGUCAAGUGUAUCCGUCGCUCCAGAUUAUGAAAUCGUUUUCUUAUCUAACUUGAGGAGAUACUUAAUAACAAACUUAAUUGCAAGAGUAUGGUACAUCAGCUUUCCUGCAAGAACUUGACUGGACAAUAUGACCUUUCUGCAGAGUAACUGAAAUGGUUCGAGUGUUUCAUAUAAAUAGAGUUUGCAUGGGAAGAACCCACUCAUGGAUGUAAAUUAAUGAUCAUCUAAUUGCCUGACGCGGGAGUGAGUUAAGGAGAGGCUUGCAAGAAGAUGUUUUGCAUGUACAAAGAUUAGUGCUAGGGUCCAGUUUGGUUGUAGUUUUGAUCAAAACAAGUGUGAGUUUUGUGGUUUACCGGAGCCUAGAAAAUGAGCCCCACUGUCCACGACUCAAUGAAUGUAUCUUGUUAGAGUUUUUAUAUUGUACAUGGAUGUGUGUGUGCGUGUAUAUAUAUUGAGGUUAAUGAGAUGUGAUGUUUGGAAACUUGUAGUUAAGACGUGUCUAAAGAGCAAAUAAAGGGGAAAAGAAGCUGCUUGCCAGUUUAUAUUUUGUCCAUGCUGCUGCUUUCGUUGGCAGGAUCCUAAUCACAGCCAAGAGGAGCGUCCAAUAGGUCCAUGAGUAACAGACUUCGAAUGCCAGUCUGCACAAUGAUUCUUCUGACGAGCCGCGUGUCUCAAGGUAGUCACCCGAUCUUCCAUGAUCAGCUCUCACACAUCCUCAAUCAAUGAAGUCAACUUACGGUUGCUCAAUAUUAUUCUCUCUAUCCGUCUGAACCUGGAUGCUCUUCAGAUUCCUAGCCCCAGUUUCAUAAUAGUCCAUAGUUCUGCUACUGUGCUGGGGUCCAUAAACCAAUGCUGUUGCUCUUUUCAAUGUUAAUGGACCCUAUAGUUCAGGAACCCAGGUCUCGAGUGGAAUUAGUGAUUCUUCUUUGAAUCAUGAGUUAUGUGUACAACAAUUUAUAUGCCAAGUUAGGCAUUGUCUUAUGUACUAUUAUCACUUGCUAUAAAUUUUAUAUUUUACUUAAUAACAAAUUUAUUUUUUAUUCAA